GCGUCAAAGGUUCAUCAUAACAGCCUGUUGCUGAACGUAUCCUGAUUAGACCCAAUCAAUCCUUGACAACAAAAAACAUAAUGUCUGGAACAUUAACUCUCUGCGUCUGCGACUACUGGAAACGGCGUCACUACUACCAACGCCCACCCCUGGCCCUGGACGCGGCCUCCAUCACAAACGAAGAUUCGGUGGCGUCGGCAGUGGCGUGGUCGACCCCCGCGGAUCAGGAAAAAAAGGCUGUGCGUCGCCUGAGGCUGCAGGUGGAUGCCAUAAAUGGCAACUAUUAUCUGCAGGAGUUUCUGCAGCAGCGGGUUCUGGCACUGCGGCUGCAGAACCAUCAUGGAGUGCAAUUGAUUUGGUUGGAAUUUGAGCCACCUGAGCGGGACACCAUCGAUUACAAGUUCGCCGACAUACUGGCCCACACCAUCUGGGAGCACAUCGAGGUGGAGAAUCUAAUGUCCUGGCUAUCCACACUCGGCGGUGGCUUCUCAGCCCUGGGCGAGCAAUUUGGGCGAUGCGCGGAAACGGCUGGCAAGAUCUCACUACAGCAGCUGAAGAUUGGCUUGCGGCUGGGCGAUCCGUUUCUACAGGCCCGCUGCAAGCUCUACUACAGCAUUUCGCUGAUCCAGCGCGGCCAUUUGCGUGCGGCCAAGCACCUGAUCCGGGAGCAGUAUCAAUUUGCGCGUGUCCAUCGGGAGAAGGAUCUGCGACUGGUGCGCAUGUGCCAGGGCAUUUGGCUGCGCCUGCGAUACGAGUACGAGCAGCGAAACCAGCGGCUCAAGCAGCCCCCAUCGCCAUCAACAGCAGCAACCGAAAGUCAAUAGAUCCGCCAAGCAAAAACUAAACACAAAACAAAUACUCUAUUCUAC